AUGGUUCAGACCCGUUUCCGAUACCGCAACCGCCUGAUGGCGUUCGCCGUCGUCCUUGCCGCAGCCGUGGCGCCGCUCGGGCCGGCCGGGACGGCGCUCGGCCCCUCGCCCGCCUUGGCCUCCGAGAUCAAGGUCGUGGUCAAUGACGAGGUGGUCACGAGCUACGACAUCGCCCGCCGCUCCGCUUUUCUUCGGCUGCAACGGCGGCCCGGCAAUGUGCGGCAAUUGGCAACCGACGAGCUGAUCGACGACGCGCUCAAGCGAAGCGCGCUGCGGCGCGCCGGCAUCAACAUCCCGGACUCGAUGGUCAGCAGCGCGUUCGGCAAUUUCGCCAGCCGCAACAAUAUGAGCACCGGCCAGCUUACGCAGGUGCUGAACCAGGCCGGCGUGACGGCCGACCAUUUCAAGGAGUUCAUCCGGCUGCAGAUCGGCUGGGGCCAGCUCGUCCAGUUGCGCGCGCGGUCCGAGAGCCAGAUGAUGAGCGAACAGGAUGUCGUCGCCCGGAUGCUGGAGCAAGGCGGCCAGAAGCCGACAUCGACCGAAUACAUCCUCCAACAGGUGAUUUUCGUGGUUCCCGAGGCCAAUCGCGGCCAGCUUUCCGCCCGCCGCACCGAAGCCAACCGCAUGCGCGGCCGCGUCAGCAGUUGCGACCAGACGCUGGCGAUGGCGCAAAACCUGCGCGAUGUCACCGUGCGCGAUCUGGGCCGGAUUCUCGAGCUGCAACUGCCGUCCAACUGGGCCGAUGACAUCAAGGGGCUGCGGGCCGGCCAGACCACCAACAUCAAGGACACCGAACGCGGCGUCGAGUUCAUCGUCGUCUGCCGGGCGCGGCAGGUCAGCGACGACCGCGUGGCGCAGCUCCAGUUCUCGACCGAAGCACUUGAAGGCGAUGGCGGCGAUGCCGGCGCCAGCCUGUUGGCGGAACUGCGCGAGAAUGCCCGCAUCCAGCGCCGCUGA